AUGUUAAAACUCCUCUUUGGACUAGCACUGAUCCAUCAACUGGAUGGGAGUUCCUCCACCACUCGUCGAUUGGGUAAGAUCUUCGGAGGAUAUACAGUGCCAGUAAGGGAUCAUUCAUUUCUGGUCAAUCUUCGGCGUGGUGGAAAAUUCCGCUGUGGUGGCGUCCUAAUCUCGCCCAGCUGUGUUCUCACAGCGGCUCAUUGCUUGGAGGGAAGGCAUCGACAUGUUAGGGAUUUGACCAUCCAUGCACAACAACAGUGCUUGGGCGAUGCGACGCCGCCGGAGCAUGUGCGUCCGGCCUGGUAUGUGGGCUUAUCGCCACAUUACUGCUCUCAGCGCGGUCUGGACGCCGAUGUGGCUGUGAUCCGGUUGAGUCGCCCCUUUGACAUCGCCGGCAAUGCGAGUCUGGUGAGGAUCGACUUUAACGAUCUGCCGUGGAAGGCCAAUCUGACGGUGAUGGGUUGGGGAUCGGUCAACGAGCAAGGUCACAACUGGAAUCAAUGCCUGCAGGAAGCCAAAGUUGAGCUUAUCCCGCAGGAGCAGUGCAUCAAAUCCAUGGACUCGGGUCAACAACGAGUUACGAACAAUAUGUUUUGUGCUCUGGGGGAAAAUGCCAAAGACGCCUGCCAGGGUGACUCCGGAGGUCCCAUCAUCCACGCUGGCCGCUCCGUGGGCAUCGUUUCCUGGGGCUAUGGCUGUGGCAGUGGUUAUCCAGGUGUCUACACUCGCCUCAGCAGUCCAUCCAUUACGUACUGGCUAAAGAGCUUCAUGGACCAAAAUUGCUGGUGAUUCAUCAAUCAUUUUGUUCAACCUUUAACCCAAUAAAAAGGUUAAUAUGCCAUUUAUACUAUA